AUGUAUGCCAAGAUAGAAUCAGAAAGACUACAAUACAUCCGCUUCAAUCAGUCAAAACUCCGCUCUGAAGAAUACAUACACUUAAGAGAUGCAGCCAAACAUGAUGGCCACACAAAACAAAUUGGAAAACUCACAAUAUUACCAUCGUCCUAUACAGGGAGUCCACGCCAUAUGCAUUCGUACGCCCAAGAUGCCAUCAUUUAUGUUCGACAAUAUGGACGUCCAGACCUAUUCAUUACAUUUACAUGUAAUCCUUCCUGGGACAGCAUACAACUACUUCCCGGGCAAACAUCUAUUGACAGGCAUGACAUCACUGCCCGAGUAUUUCGACAAAAACUAAAAUCAAUGAUCGCCUUCAUGGUAAAAUAUGAAGUGUUCGGAAAGGUACGCUGCUGGAUGUAUUCUGUUGAGUGGCAAAAAAGAGGCCUGCCACAUGCCCAUAUUCUAAUUUGGCUGUACCAAAAAAUAACAUCCAAUGAAAUAGACAAAGUCAUAAGUGCUGAGAUACCUGAUCCUAACGUAGAUCACGAAUUACAUGAGAUAGUAACCAAAAACAUGAUUCAUGGACCAUGUGGCAUACUCAAUCCCAAGUCACCAUGUAUGAAGGACGGAACAUGCACCAAAAGAUAUCCCCGCACGCUCAUCCAAAACACAAUCACAGGCAACGAUGGCUAUCCUUUGUACAGGAGAAGAUCACCAGAACAAGGAGGCCAUGUAACAACGAUACGAAUGCACAAACAAGAAAUACAAGUGGAUAACUGCUGGAUUGUACCAUACUCUCCUCUACUAAGCAAAACAUACAAAGCACACAUCAACAUAGAAUACUGCAACUCUGUAAAAUCAAUCAAAUACAUAUGCAAAUACAUAAACAAAGGAAGUGACAUGGCAGUAUUUGCAAUGGAACCAAAACACACAACUGAAACAAUCGAUAUUGAUGAAAUUUCCCAGUAUCAGGCAGGAAGAUACAUCAGCAGCAACAAGGCUAUUUGGCGCAUUCUCAUGUUUCCAAUACAUGAAAGGAGUCCACCUGUGGCACACCUGGCUAUACACUUAGAGAAUGGACAACGAGUUUAUUUUACUGAGGCAACAUUACAACAAGUUGCAGAAAAUCCACCACCAACAACUUUAACAUCAUUCUUCACUUUGUGUCAAACAGACCCAUUUGCAAGAACACUACUCUAUUCUGAAGUACCAACAUAUUAUACCUGGGAUCCCAGCAGGAAAGGUUUUGCUCGACGCAAAAGAGGACAACCAGUAGAAGGACAAACA